GCAGCAUCGAGAGCAAUGAAUUAAGGGUAGAGAAGGACGAUGACAACAAAUAUGGACAUCGAUUGAAAAUAACCAAGCUGGCUGGUCAGACCUCUGACAAGCACUACACACAGAAAUCUUAAGGAAGAAAAAAACAGGGCAAAACCAUGGAGGCCCGCUUUGGUAAUAUCAUAUUCAGCUCCAAGUUUGACUCAGGAAACUUGGCUCGUGUGGAGAAGGUGGAGAAGGGUAGCUCCAGCCCUCCUGGUGAUGUUGCUCCAGUUGGGAGUGUGCCCUCAGGAUCUAACAUUACCCCUGAUUAUGAGUUCAAUGUGUGGACGCAGCCAGACUGUGCAGGAACUGAACAUGAAAAUGGAAACAGAUCAUGGUUUUACUUCAGUGUGCGUGGUGCAGCACCCGGGAAGUUACUGAAGAUCAAUGUGAUGAACAUGAACAACCAGAGGAAGCUCUACAGCCAGGGCAUGGCACCUCUUGUACGCACUUUACCGGGCAAAAACCGAUGGGAAAGGAUCCGAGACAGACCCACCAAUGAGAUUGUAGAUAACCAGUUCAUAUUGUCAUUCACUCACCGGCUGUUGGAGGUGCGAGGAGCCACCACUUACUUCUCCUUCUGCUUCCCGUUCUCUUACACUGAGUGUCAGGAGAUGCUACAGCAGUUUGAUAAGAGCUACACCAAUGCUGCUCAACUCAGCCCGAGCAGUGCACCUGGCACCGUGUAUUAUCAUAGGGAGUUGCUGUGCGAGUCCCUCGAUGGCAAUAGGGUGGACCUGCUCACUGUGACCAACUGCAGCGGCAUGCAGGAGGAGAGAGAACCACGUCUGCCUAAGCUUUUUCCAGACACCAAUACUCCAAGACCACACUGCUUCCCUGGCAAAAGGGUUUUUUUCCUUAGUAGUCGAGUGCACCCUGGGGAGACUCCCUCAUCCUUUGUUUUUAACGGUUUCCUGACCUUUAUCCUAAGAAGAGACGACCCUCGUGCACAUGUGCUUCGGAACAUGUUUGUGUUCAAACUCAUUCCCAUGCUCAACCCAGAUGGAGUUGUUCGUGGACAUUACAGGACUGAUUCUAGGGGUGUAAACUUGAACAGACAAUACCUAAACCCCAGCCCAGAGCUACACCCUUCUAUCUAUGCAGCCAAAUCACUGCUGCUCUACCACCACACACACAACCGUGUACACAACAUGCAGUCUAAUACUCACUGCAAUAGCCCUCCAUGCACACGAACCCCUCCUCUUAACAUCAAACCCUCCAAUCAGCAUCAAUCCCCCCCCUUCACUGCACUUGAAGUCAGCUUAAACCAACGAAAUGCUGAGAAGGAUGCAAUUCCUGCAGUACCAGAGGUUCCCAUGGUAACAGAGGAAAACGAUUGGGACUCCACUGAGAUGGGGAAGGGGGAUGAGAACAGCUCGUCGAGCUCCUCAGAGACUGUAGCACCUGUUAAUGUGGAGGUAACUGUGCCAGAGGAGGAGGAGGAACAGGAAACGAUUCCACCGCAGGAAGGGGGUGUGGCUUAUUAUGUGGACUUGCAUGGCCAUGCUUCUAAACGGGGAUGCUUCAUGUAUGGAAACAGCCUUCCUGAUGAGAGCCAGCAGGUGGAGAACAUGCUAUACCCGAGGCUCAUUGCUGUGAACUCUGCCCACUUUGAUUUCCUGGGUUGUAACUUUUCAGAGAAAAACAUGUACGCACGAGACAAAAGAGACGGCCAGUCAAAAGAGGGUAGCGGGAGGGUCGCCAUGCACAAGGCCAUCGGGCUGCUUCACAGCUACACAUUAGAGUGCAACUACAACACAGGAAAAUCCAUGAACACCAUUCCCCCUGCUUGCCAUGACAAUGGAAGGGCAACCCCUCCUCCACCUCCAUCAUUUCCUCCGAAAUACACUCCGGAAAUAUUUGAACAGGUUGGGCGUGCCGUUGCUGUGUCAGCCCUUGAUAUGGCAGAAUGUAAUCCCUGGCCACGGCUGGUGCUGUCGGAGCACAGCUGCCUCACCAACCUCCGAGCUUGGAUCCUCAAACAUGUCCGCAACACCAAAGGCCUGAACACACACAACCACGCCCAUCCUCCAGUAAGAAUACAUCACAAUGGCAGCAGGGCGUCACCGCCCAAGAGCUUAAACAACUGUCUGUCAGGCUCAACGUCAGAGAACACCCUCAGUCGAGUUCGCUGCAACAGUCACAGCAGCAGCAGCCAGACUCCCUCCCCAAAGAUGCACAACUCCCCGAGCUUUACUUUCGGCUGUCCCGCACCUCGAUCCAACUCGCAGCACAAUAACGCUCACACCAGCGGACGUGGAGGCAACAAGACACUCGGGCCGGUCAGAGACCCUAAGGCUCUGGAGAAAAGACGCACCCCCCACCACCGCUCCAUCCUCCGGUCUCCCAGCAACAGCCACACACCCUCCCGCCCCCCACACUCACCCCCUUCCUCCUCCUCUUCCUCGUCUUCCUCAGUGUGUGCUGCAGGCUCGUGCCCCCUCCCGGCCUCCGUCAGUAUGACAGGCCUCAGUUGCCCGGACUUUCAGACUGGUGCACCCAGUUCACCCGGCUGGUCCAGGAUGCCUUUCCCCAUGCGUGCUGGGCGUGUGGGGAGAGGAUGCCGAACUCUCACCAUCACUCAUCCCCCUUCAGAAGCUUCCACCGAGGCUGCUAAAGACAUCGGGCCUGAACACAUCCUGUCAUCCAUCAAGUUUAGCAAAUGUGAGCUACAACCUGCCGUGAGCCGCAUCCCCAUCCGAAGAGUGGGCUCCAUCGAAACCACCGCCACAAAUGACAGUAAAUCAUUUUCAACCAGCAUUAACCCAGUUUCACCAGGAGAAAAGGACAGGUCAGCCACCAUGAAGGUCUGGAAGCUGCUCAAACCUGGCCUCCAUCGACACCUGUCUCUGUCAGGCGUUUCAGGAAAAGAGGCUGCCAUUCAGCUGGCCUCUAAAGCACUAAAGAAGAAGAGCAGUGACAGGAGUUUCUACUGCAAAGGAAAUACAAUCAUAGAAACCGCACCAGAGAAGGAUGACCCUCUGCAGCAGAUUGAUGAGACACCGGUGAUGCCUCCUCCUGAGACUGUGAACAUUCGAGAAACAGUGACCCUGUGUGGAGAAGCAUAGGAACUGCUUCCAAGAGACACUUUGAUACAACUGUAAUUGAUUUAUAUGGGCAUAGUUAUUUGGGUGAACAUUUUUAAAGGAAGAAACAUGAUGGGAGUCCAUCAUCAGAGGAAGGUAAAUUGGAAUGUUUUAAUGUGCAAUACAAUAUUUUUAACAUUAUCUAUACACAUAUUCCAGAAAAUGUGUAAUAUUUGUAACCAAUGCAGUUCAACACGGUCAGACUCCGACACACCUGUUCAGUAAAACUAACAAGUAGAGCAGCUUUACUGGAGCAGCUGGGGGCCAAGUGCCUUUCUCAAUGAUAUCAAAGCAGAGAGAGAAGAACAUGUAAGAACACCCUCCAGCUGAUCAAUGAUCUAUAGACUUGAAACAACCUUAAACAUUUCAUUUAUCACUGUACCUCACAUAUUUCUUUGUAACAGUUUAGUCCUUUUCUUCUUCUCACCCUCCUCCACAUGGAUGGUUAAUGCACUCAGACCGACACUGUAAUGCACUGAUAUGUAUUUUCACAUUUCACAUUCAGCCACUUCUGCUUUUAAAGCAAAUGGUUGAUUCUCACUUGGACUGAUGAGCACAGCAGCACCUUUACAACCUUCAAAUAUCCACUCUUAGUACAGACACUAAAAUGUGAGUGAAGUGUGUUUUCUCAUUAUUAAAGAGGGUUUUGUGCUUUGCAUAUAGUGUAUGUGAAAAGUAUUCACCUACCUUAUCAUUGUUUGUUAUACUUAUUAAAAAAAUAGCAGGAUGUCAAAGUCUAAAAAGGCACUGAGCUUCAUAAGUAGGAAUGCACUGCACUGCAUUGAUUUUACAUGGUAUCUCAGUAGAUACUGGCCUUUUGACAAACAUCUGACAUAGAUAAUGUGGCAUGACCUGAUGACAUUAACAGAUUUGAAGCUCUUGUUUGCAUCAAUUUAUUGCUGACAUCUAGUACAUCUAACUGCUGAUUCAAAUAAGAUAUUUUUGUUUUACUGGGCAGAAAGAUGUUGGCUUUGUGGGAAUCUUAACACCAGAACAUGUAUUUAAAAAAGCAUCUUUAAGACAAUGUUCAUAAGAACAGUAGUAUUGGCCCUGAUUUCACAAUCAAAAAUAUGCAUAUGACUGAAAAUGUAUACCAUACAAAUGAUUUUUUUGCACACUAAAGAGGAGAAAACAGGCACUCCAAGCAGGAAAAAACAGGUAAGGAAAUAAUUCAAUGGUUGAAACAUGUUAGCUUUGUAAUAGUGAGGUUUUUUUAAAAUAAUUUCUUAACUCAUUUUUACAUUUUCAUGUUUGGAGUGCCUGUUUUUCUCUUAUUUUCCCCCCUGCUUUGUCAUUGAGCAGCCCUUUUUCUCUAAAAAUAUAUUUUUUACUAGCAUGGCUAAACACUUAAACUGAAUAGAGUUUGUGUCAAAAACACAAGGGCACUAAUAAAAAAAUAGCUUACCAGUUGUAAAGACGGAAAAAAUCCAUUCCCAGAAAAGCUGAUACAACAGCUAGGCAACAAAAUAUUGAACAGUUGUUUAUCCACAUACAGCAGCCCACCUUAAUAUGUGUUUUGUAUAAACACGUGGAAAUAACUGUCAAGAUAAAUGCAGUAAAAUAAGGUGAUCUGAACUUUUGCAGACAACCAGAGAAAUGUUGACAUAUUUUCGUUACCUUGAGGUAACGAGAUGCUACAAGUCCAAAGUUAAUACAGACCUAAAAUAUAGAUGAACAGAAUGAGUUGUUGCCAAAAGUAAAGCUAAAUUUGUUAAAUUUUUGUUUUUUUUUCCCUUGAUCAGUAGUCUAGUAAUGCCUAUAGUGGUUUAAUUAAAUAUUUUAAAGUUAAAUGGUUAAAAAAUACUUUAUGCACACUACCUUUGCAUUCAAUAUAUUUUCCUUUUCACAUUCCUGAAGAGAUUUAGUUCCAGAGCACACCAAUAUGAGAGCAUAUCCCUUAAAGAUAAACUGUAUUUUCAUUUGGUAUAAAUAUUUUCUGUUAGGCAAACUCUCUGUUAGCUCUUUUUAAAUGUAAUUCACAUCUCUGACUGAUCUGACUCUGACCAAAUUAAUUAUACUGUGAUGGUAUAAUACUGUUUCGGAACUCGAGGCAGACUUUA